AAUUAAACUUUCUUCUAAUCAUAUGUUAAUCCUCGUGUUCAAUAGCAAACGUUGAUUUUCUAUCAUUCCAAAAAAACAAGAAAAUUUUGAGGGCAAUAAAUGAAGCAAAUCUGAGAAAAAGAAUACCUUUGGUUCCCUUUCGGUAGGAAAAGAGGACACGUGUCACUAACCCAACAUCACAAUUCAGUCUCUCCACUUCCAUUUAUUUCACUCUCUCGCUUUCUUUCCACCCAAACAUCAAACCCAAAGUCAUUCUUUUUUUCCUUCCACUUUUCCUUUCUCGCUGUCUUCACUAAAUAAAGCAAACCCAGAAUAUAAAACAGGAGUAAAAUAAACAUGGCGGAUGUACAGCAAUCGGACGGCCCGGUAAACGGCGUCGGAGGACCCGUUGCGGUGGCUUCAUCUGAGACCGUUGGAUCGAAACGCCAGAGACGUCCCAGCGUUCGAUUAGGCGAUAUCGGCGGUGACCAACCCGAUUCUCAUAUCCGAAGACCCUCCUCUUCUUCCGCCGCCGCUGCCUUUUCCAAGCAAUGGAAACACCAAUCCCACCUGUCCUUAAAUCCAUCAGUUGCCGUUGCGAGUUCUAAAUCGUCCAAAACUCGCGCCCUAACCAAUCUCAGCACUGACUUCAACGCCAACAACGAAACCCUCGAUGGCGAAAGAGAACCUAACAACAAUAAUAACAAUUUAGAUGGCGUCGCUAUCGGUAGCUGGAGAGUCAAAGAUUUCAAGAAACGGGGCCUCGCCGCGAAACGGGUCCGAUCCAAUUGGGUUUCCAAAAUCGACGAUUCCAGUGGCGGAAACAUCAGCCUCAACGGCAACAAUAACAACACUAACAACAGUAAUGUGGAAACAGAGGACAGAUACAGUGGCAGCGAAUAUAGCGAUGAUUUCGACAUGGAGAACUCGGAAAGCCCCAUGAAAGAACAGAAUCCGAUUCAUUCUUUGGAUAAUUUGGGUGUCGGUGAUAAUGAAAGGGAAGUUCUUUAUCACGGGAAAAACCAAAGGAGGCCAAUUCGGACUAGGGUUUCGGAUGGGGUAGAGUUAUCUGGGCCAUCAGAUACCAACUUGAGGCGGUGUGAGGAAGAUGGGGUUAGGAUAUGGUUGAAUAGUUUGGGGUUAGGAAGAUAUGCCCCUGUUUUUGAGAUCCAUGAAGUGGAUGAUGAGGUUUUGCCUUUGUUGACAUUGGAAGAUUUGAAGGAUAUGGGAAUAAAUGCAGUUGGUUCUAGAAGGAAAAUGUUUCGUGCAAUCCAGAUGCUCGGUAAAGGCUUUUCGUGACAUGUUUCAUUAUGGUUAUCGGUUUUUGGAGGGAGAAAUUUAACAGCCAUGGCAAUCUUUUUCAAUCGACCAUUUUUCAACAAGUAGCUCUCUUUGGGGAUGAAGUGUUUCAGUUUAUUGCUCUUGUUAAUAGCAUCAAAAACCACUGACGAACAAACCACUUUUACUCAGAGAAGAGGGAAAUGCUAGUAAUUUUUUACCAGUUACACCGAACAUGUAUGCCAGAUGUCCUUUUCCGGUCGUGGACAAGAUGCAUUUAAAGAGGAUUUCCAAAUACAUGAAGCAGAAAAAAUACCAAAAAAAUGGCAAGAACAAUCGUUAUCUCUGACACUCGGGUCACCUUGAUAAAUGACUUGCAUGGAUUGAAAAAUCACUAGUAAGAACACGUUCAUCAGGAUUAGACAUAUCCAACAUCCCCAAAAGGAAAAUCCCACGACAAUGAAACAAUUACUAGGGUUACCUGAAGACUUAAAAUAUUCAAAGUUUUCCUAUUUUGAGUUUAUAGACCCGAGGCAUGGAGGCAGCUUAGGAGGAAGGAAUCACAUCAACAAGAGUAUUACCCCUUGGUUAAAUCAUACUACUAUGCGAAGCAGCUAAUGCUGUUUACUACUAUUUAUGCAAAUUUUUGCUUGGAAAACGAGAGUAUUAUCCCUUGGUUAAAUCAUACUACUAUGCAAUCAAGAGUAUAAUGCUGGUGAGAAGUUGGCAUUAUUCCUCCACAACUUUACCAUUCAUGUUACUAAUCAAUAACAAGCAAAAUCUUGAACAUGACAAAUCAAAUAGGGAUGAAUGCAUCUUUAAAAUCACUCGAAAAAAAAAUAGGCUUAAAAGUAUUGAGUACCCCUUCACC